UUUGGUAUUUGGCCCAUAGAUAUUGGGUGGGAUUCGUUUAGGUUAGAACAACAGGAGACGCGUCUAUUGAUUUUAAGAAAACACCUAGACGUCGCCUUCUCCCUUCUCUCUGGCGAUUCCUCUUCCGGCGUCUCAUCUCUGUAACCUGCUCUUAAUGGCUCUGCUAAUCACGUCCUCUAACGACGAAACGCAUUCUCCUCAUGUAACGCCUCCAGGAUCCUCCUUUAUAUAGAGCUGCUCGAACUCCAGACGCUAACGCCGCCGUCGCCUACUCCACGUUCGAUUCUCUUCGCCUCGGAAGAGCCGCUCAGUCCGUUGUUGCUCGCGUCAUCCGCUUUUGGGACUCCCGUAACAUCAACAAAAAUGGAGAGUUUAUGGGCAUAACGAUUCUCCUCCUCGAUGAAUUGGACUCUGUUAUUCACGGAUUCAUACCCGCUAACCGUGCCAGUCACUACCGGAGCGAUUUGAAAACUGGUUCUAUUGUCAGAUUGGACCGCUUUGAAGUUGCGCGUGUGGCUCACAUGUACAAGAUCACAGAACAUCAGUUCUUGAUCCGGUUCAUCGCUUCAACGCGUAUUGUUGAGGUCCAAACGGAUGCUCCUGUGAUCAAGUUCGACAAGUUCAUGGUGAGGCAUCACGAUCAUCUUCAAGUGCUUGCGAACACCAACCUUGAGCUUCCAGAUGUGGUGGGUGAAAUACAGUCCGUGCAGGGAUCCGACCUCAAGAACAAUGCAGCCACGAGCAGGGUCGUCGUCCGCUUCUUAAUCGAACGGAAUGUAACUGUCUACUUUUCUUUGUGGGAUGAGGCUGCAUCAACCUUUAGGGGCUUCUUGAAAGCAGAAGACAAAUCGAACUCCGUAAUGUUGGUGACCACAGUUAAUCCUAAACUGUUUGGAGGGAGUAUGUAUUUGAACUCCACACAAGGAACUAAGUUCUUCUUUGACACCAGCAUCCCUGAGAUAACAAAGUUUGUCAGCAGUGUUGGAGCUACAACAGCGCAGGCUUACACUUGUGUGGACACUCUCCAAGGAAUCAAUAAGAAGGAGCUUGUCUCAAUAGGGGAUCUCAACUCCUUCAUCUCCAACUCCAAUGAACAGACCCAAGAAGCAGAUUUUCUCUGCAAGGCCCAGAUUGUUAGUGUGAUCCAGGAGAAUGGGUGGUCCUUUGUGUCUUGCACGGGUUGCCACAAAAAAAUGGAGAAACGUGGGACUUCCCUGAUCUGCAGCCGAUGUGAAACUCCUGACGUGACGGGUGUUGUCAGGUUCCGUGUUGAGCUUGCUGUUGAUGAUGGCAAAGAUAGCGCCACCUUUGUUGUCUUUGAUAAGGAGAUGACCAAACUUACCAAACGUGAAGCUGCUGUUCUUGCCCUGGAUGAGGAUUCAAACGGUGGAGAGGACUAUCUCCCAAGUUGUCUUGAAGAGCUAACAGGAAAGGAGUUAGUGUUUCAAAUCCGUGUCACACCUUUCAACUUCACUCCCAAACACCGUACCUUCACUGUCUCCACCAUUACUGAAGAGAUCACAAUGGAGAACCAUAGCAAGGAACACAUUGGAAACACUCUUCCAAACCGUGGAGGUGACUUAGGAUUGGCAGCUUCGUCUUCGGGCCCGUCUGUUUUGGGAGACAAGAUUGGAGAGAAUGCAGACGCUGAGAAGAAACGCAAGCGUGGCCGUGAGUAAUUGGAUUCCCUAUUCUUAUCAACCCGUCACAAGUCUUAUCUAUCUUUUAAAAAAACUUCUAAUAUCUAUGUUUUUCAUUAUGCACUUUGGGUUUUUUUCAUUAUGCACUUUGGGUUUUUUCCUUUAUCGUCUGCAUCUCCUCUGAUGUUUUACUUUUGUUUUGGAAUAUUAAUGAAUCUUUGACGGGUUUAAUUCGAUUUAUAGCUUAUGAGUACUA